UGUUCUGACCCCCCAUUGUAUCACCGAACAGAGAACGUCCGCUGUCUGGCAUUUUCUGGCCAAUUUUUGUGAAAAAUAAUUACAAACAAACCAGAAAAAAAAACGGCAUAAUGUAGAAUGUUCAAGCCUGUGGGUUUGAGCCACAAUACACACAGGUGGAACGUGACGUGUUGGAGAGGGGGCGUGGCGCUGACAGAGAGCACAACAAUGACAAAAAAUGGACCUUGGAGAUCUUCCAUACUGGCUCGUUUCGAAAGGCUGGUGUUCGUGUUCUCUUUGUAACCUAAUGCCAACUGGGGCGGAAUGCCAGUGCUGUCAUACGAAGUUGUUUGUUUGGACGAAGACGUGGUCUAUAUGAAUUUACUUAUGAUCCAUGACAGUUUGAUUUAAGGAUCAUUUCUACAUCCAGUGGAAAAUCGGUACUUCGAGAUGGCUUUUAUGGUGAAGCACGUGGUGGGGGGGCAGCUGAAGAACUUGACGGGCGGCCUGACGGAGGAGAAACCCGAGGGGGAGAAGACGGAAGCGGCGGCGCAGGGGAUGACCCAGGAGGAGUUCGAGCAGUACCAGCAACAGUUAGAGGAGGAGAAGCAAGAACGAGAGGCCAAUUUUGCCCAGAAGAAAGCCGAGCGAGCCACAGUGAGGAGUCAUUUUCGGGACAAGUACCGACUACCAAAGAAUGAACUGGACGAGACUCAGAUCCAACAGGCGGGCGAUGAUGUGGUCCUACCCACCGAGCUGGCCAAGAUGAUCGCUGAGGACAACCAGGAAGAGGCGCACAAGCAGUCCGUGCUGGGCCAGCUUUCCAACCUGCAGAACGUCGACAUGGACCAGCUGAAGGACAAAGCCCAGGCCACCCUGGAGGACCUCAAGAAGCAGACGGAGAACUGCACCCUCAUGUGAUGUCGGGCAGCAAAGAUUUGUUGAAGGUGGAGCUUCUGGGAAGGAGGAAGUAGUCGUGCAGGUGUUUGUUUUAGUUCAUUUCAAAUCAUGCACAUUUUGACAAAUUGACUGGUUGUAUUAUAAAUUAGACUUUGUUUAUUGGAGUAUCAUGCUUCCAAAAAAAGAGAUCAUCCCGCACACCUAUUUUUGCAUUCUUAACAAAAUGUGUGAAAAGUCAGUCAUCUCUAACAUUUUUUGUUACCCUGACACUGAGAUAUCAACGCGUUACAGUACCUAAAGGAUGUAGUCAGACACACAGCCAAGCACUGAUUGGUAAACAGAACAUUAAUUAGGUUUUUGCAUUAUCAACACGAUGGGCCUUAUUUUCGUGACCUGCAUAAAUCCGGUGUGGUGGGCGGAGCAUCUGUGGGCCAGAAGUGGGUCAGACCGGUGUUGGUAAUUUUGUGCAUGCGCUGCACCACUGGGUGUGUUUAUAGUCAACUUUAUUUGCUACCAAUGAAAGUGGCUACUCACACUCCCUUUAAACGUGGCACAACGGCAGUUUCGAUGGAGAAAUCUUUGUGUUAGAGAAGACGAUGCAUUCAGUAAUUGAAUCGAUCCGUGCAUGAGUGGAGCGUUGCCACAGUUCUUAGUCUGCGUGGCAACAGACAAUGUGAGCCAGUAUACAAAAUGAGCUGCUGAAAACUGCUGGCGACUUAAAUAUGUCCACAAAACUCCAAAACAGUCUGCCUGCUCCCCAAUCAGAUUCACCAAAAUCCCUUCAGACCACUGGUCUCCCUUACACCAAGAUUUGGAUGUGGUCUGAGCAGGCCAAAUUCUGACUCUGCUACAUCCACCCUCACCGCUCCAGAACUUGGUGGAGACCGGUCUUCCAAAUUGGAAAACGUGAUCCUUGCACUUGCAGGAAAAUCUUGGAUUUGCACCCCACCACACAUGUGCUUUCUACUCAAAUAAAGCCCGGUGUGUUAAAAUUUGGUGAUCUCUUCCACUUUUAGGUACCUUGACACUGAGGUACCGAUCCCAGUAGCGGGCUGACCCAGACAAAGUUGAGAAUUGACUGGUCGACAGAAAAGGUAAUCACAAAAGAGAUAAUUAUGAGCAUUUUUGGAUUCUCAAGCAAGGUUACAUAGAUAAUACUUUUUGGUAUUCCAACCCCAGUGUGAUGGUACCAACAUUCUCAGUCACAUAACAGUUUUAAGAUCCCUUGGUCCUUUUUUAAGAAGCCCUCCUUUUUUCCGACCAAACUCAGCGAAGUUCAAUGUGGAUGGAAAUCCAAGUUCUACCUGGGACCGACUACACUAACCUGAGCUGCUAAUUUAGCUAACGAAAGUACCCUGUUUGGAGUAGAAUUACAUAAAAUUUGGGGACUAGUUUUGCUGGGAGAAGCAUUUGAAAAGCACAAAAAUGGCAACAUUAAUUAAGACUUGAACAAAUGUUGCCACCUACCUUUUUACUUGUUUUUUUUUUUUGUUUCUUUUCCAUAAUAACAGAUGACGUCUGAGCAAAUAAGCCAUGUGUCUCUUUAGAGAUUUUACUGUCCAAUACGUGGGACUUUUCAAUGAACCUCCUCUUGAAUAGACUCCUACUUUUUCCUAAAUUAAACCUACGCCACCGGGUGGGAAAAACUGUCUUUGUGCUGCACAUGGAAGUGUCAUAAAAAUACUAGAUAUACAGCAAAUACACGAAAAGCUGCUGAAAAAGUACCAAUGUAAAGGCUUUUAGAGCCCAAAGUGUGACGUCUGAAUAUUUAUGUCCUCAUAACGCCAAUAUCUACAGUAUGUUGUGUGUACUGUACGCACUGAACUCAUUGUGUGGUGCCGUUUCGUGCCGGUGGAUUAGCUGUCGUCAAGUCGAGUGGUGUCCUGUGACCCUUGUUUGCGCUAACGCUAACACCGCUGCUUAAUGAUGUCGUUUUUGGAGGCGUCCGACUGUGGUGUUGUUAUUUGUGUACUCUGUGUAGCCGUGACAAUAUAUGCUUCUCCCUACCACUUUACAAUAGGGAUAUCCUUUUUUAUGUGUUAAUAAUACAAUCACAAAGCCUUUCCGAAUCAGUAAUGACCAGUUUUCAGUGUAGCUUGCUGUUUUGCAAGAGGAUGCUACUAGCAUACUUUAAUGUGGACUCACAAAUAUUAAUCCUGUAUCUUUACCCUAGUCUAAUUUAUAACUACCCUAAACUAACCCUCACUGAAAGUUGCCAUUACUGAUACACUUCAAUGUUGGAUUAAAAUGUUCAUCCAAACUGUAACCCUAAAUGUAAACCUCACCAACAUGUUGUCUGCAGGGUUCAUGUGGCCCUCAAGGACCGCACGAGUAGUCUACAGGAUUGUUCCAAAAAAUGGGACAUGUAAACUCUUGCAAAGAGAGACACGAUCAGGGUCCUCACAAAGAUGAAUGUCAUCAAUUAUAUUAUUAUCAUCAUAUAUUUAAAGGUAAUUUGAAGAAAUUCAUUAUUUCAGAAGUGCGAUUUCAAACUCAUAGCCCCCCACAUUAAUAAAUAUCUAAGAAGUCUCGGUUGCAAAAGGUUUGGUGACCCUAAACUAGGGAUGGCCAAGUACCGAUAUAUGUUUCCAAGUCUCGGGUACUUGUGAAGGCUGCCGAAAGCAACGUACGAGUAAGUCCUACUUGGCAGUAAUUGACGAACCACUGCAGCUGUUUGAUACAUCUGUGAAUGCAGUAUCAAACGUCCCUGCCCGAAACCUGCCCUAACCCUACCCGACCGUAGCCCUUUCGUGCUCUGACCUAACCCCAACCGAACCUACAUGAAGCAUCUGUUUAGGAAGUCGGAGUACAGUAUAAUUUGUUGAGACACCAAUGAAUAAUCAUCAUUGGUACCCACGUCGAAAGUGGUACCCACUUAUCCAACCCACCUCGCUUUGUUUUGCCAAAAUUGUUCUAUGCGCUUUUAGUCUUCUUUUUUUUUUUUUUUUUUUUUUGCAAUUAAAACUAGUGUGUAUGUGUGUGUGUGUGUUUAAAAGCAAAUGUGCUGUUAUCCAGUUGCAUUGAGGGGUCGCGCUAUAUGGUCAAAAGUAUUGGGACUGUAGUAACUCUUCCCUUUCGCAAAAUUUAAAAGAUCCACCUUUGCAGAAAUGUGCACUGGGAUUUCCAAUUAAUUAAGUAAUCAGUCAAAAAUUAUGUCUCAAUAUUUUUGUCCAUCAAAUGAAUGAAUGGACACUGAGGAAAUUCUCAUUGCUGUGAUUCUUGUCACGUGAUAGUGAAAGGCAAGUAGAUGUUCAUCUUAAAAUAUACAGGAAAAAGUAGCAAUAAGUCAUUUUCUAAUAUCACAACAAGGAAAUAUCUACUGUAAUAAAAAGUAACAGUAAUAAUAACAACAACAAUAAUAAAGGGGGAAGUGAAGCCAUAAGCCACCAGACUUGCUUGGUUUGUACAAGCGUGUUAUGUUUUUCUCAUCAAAUCAUUCUGUCUCUGAUGGGAGUUUCAAAUGCAAUAAAAAUA